AUUAAUUGAAGAAAUAAUCUCUAUUAAAAAAAAUAAAAAAAACUACUUUUAAUCCUUUUAAUCCUAGUAAAACAAUAUGUAUGCCUACUAUUAAUUGAAAUUCGGCUUUUUCGCUUUAUUUCGGGCUGUUUCUCCCCAAGUCCGCCCCUGCCCACAUCCCGGAGUGUACCCGGAGUCUGCCAAUGUACCGCUUCUCCUCCGGUCAACCGCCGCCAAGAUGGAAAUCACCACCUACCAAAUCACCCCGAAAAUGGUCUAACCUGCACUUUUCGCACACUAAAAGUUAGAAGAAAAAUAAACAACAAGUCAACGUUUCUUCCAUCUUGGCGGUGAUCAUCAGUGCCAUAUCACAAUGAACCGUCUCGGCAACAUCCGUUUGCCGCCUCUCUCCGCCGCCGUCAACGUGGCCGGACAGACCUUCCGCCAGAUGAUUCCCGAACGGGCCCCCGGACACGAACGUGUCCAUUUCGCACAAGUCAACCACACCGUCACACAUGGGGGCACCUCCGACGAGCACCACGAAAUGGCCAACAUCAAGCCCACUAACCCCUUUCUCCAAGAGAACUUCGAAGCGGAGGACAGCUUCAACGAGGGCCUCAAGACUCGCAUGUCCUCGGUGGACUUCUCAGAGGGGUCCGACUUUGUCGAGGGCAAGAGCGACGUCAAAAUCAACGAGUAUCAGGCCGCCUGGAACGUCACCAACGCCAUACAGGGCAUGUUUAUCGUUUCGUUGCCGUUUGCGGUGCUCCGUGGAGGCUACUGGGCCAUUGUUGCUAUGGUGGGCAUCGCCUACAUCUGUUGUUACACUGGUAAAAUCCUCGUCGAGUGUCUCUACGAGUUUGAUCUUCAAACAGGGCGUCAAAUUCGAGUCCGUGACUCCUAUGUAUCCAUCGCCAAGGCAUGUUUUGGUAAAAAAUACGGGGCAAAAAUUGUGAAUAUAGCCCAAAUAAUCGAACUCCUCAUGACUUGUAUCUUGUACGUGGUGGUCUGUGGCGACUUGAUGAUUGGCACCUUCCCCGAUGGGGCAAUCGACACCAGAUCGUGGAUGAUGCUCGUGGGGAUUUUCCUCCUCCCUUUGGCCUUCCUCAAGACCCUCCAAAGCGUGAGUUUACUCUCGUUCUGGUGCACCAUGUCACACAUCCUCAUCAACGCCAUCAUCCUCGGCUACUGCCUCCUCUACAUCGGCGACUGGGGCUGGGGCAAGGUCAAAUGGUCCCUCGACUUGGAGAACUUCCCCAUAAGUCUCGGCGUGAUCGUCUUCUCCUACACCUCCCAAAUCUUCCUCCCGACCCUUGAGGGCAACAUGGAGGACCCCUCCAAGUUCCAAUGGAUGCUCGACUGGUCGCACGUGUGGGCCGCCGUCUUCAAGGCCCUUUUUGGCUACGUGUGCUUCCUCACCUUCCAGAACGACACCCAACAAGUCAUCACCAACAACCUCCCCUCGGCGGGCUUCAAGGGCCUGGUGAACUUCUGUUUAGUCAUCAAGGCCCUCCUCAGCUACCCUUUGCCCUACUACGCCGCCUGCGAGCUACUCGAACGCGCCUUCUUCCGGGGGAAGCCCAAGACGCCCUUCCCCACCAUUUGGGCCCUCGACGGCGAACUCAAGGUAUGGGGGCUGGCUUGCAGGGUGGGGGUGGUGGUUUUCACCAUCCUCAUGGCCUGCUUUAUACCACAUUUUGCGAUUUUGAUGGGGUUUAUUGGGAGCUUCACGGGGACAAUGCUCAGUUUCAUCUGGCCUUGUUAUUUCCAUUUGAAAUUAAAAAGAGAAGGGAUGGAUUCAAGAACAGUUGCUUUCGAUUAUUUUAUCAUUUCUCUAGGGCUGCUUUUCGGGUUUGUGGGGAUUUACGACUCGGGGAGGGCCCUAAUUAACGCCUUCCAAAUCGGGCUUCCAUUUUAAAAAUCCCGCUAAAUAUCGACAAGGUUACCAACUGUCAAUUCGUAAGCUUUUAGUGUAGAAAGACGCAACUGAUUCAAUUAUAUGUUUUCGGUGAUUUACACUAAAUUGUUCGUGGGAUUCAACAGUCUUCCAUUAUUUGAUAGCAAAUGCCUUCAAACGAACAUUGAAUUUGUCUUCCAAUUAGAAAAAUAAAUGUAUCACGUUCAAGUAUCUUAAAUACGUAUUAGGGUGGCAACACUUGUGUUAGUAACUUCAGUACAGCCAAUGUUAUUUUGCGUGACCAAAUUAUCCACUGCUGUGAUUUGGUGGCCGCGUCGGCCAUGUAAAACAGUCUUCCAAAAAAAAUAUCCUGUAACCAAAUUAUGGCGUCAAGCAAUAAUUUAAUUUUUUUCAAAAUAUAUUAACGAUGUCUUCCAUUUAGCCUCUAGUGUAUGUCUUCCAAAUUGUUUGUAUGUGUACGAUGGGUAAAAUUUCAAAAAAAAAAAAUGGAGUCGCUAUAUUAUACAAACUUCUGUUACGCUGUAUUUCUAUAAUUGUUAGUAACUUGUUACAAAUUGUUAUAAAGUGUGCUAGAUUAGAUUCAUUGCAUUUUGUACAGGAGGAACUGGCUUUAGUUGAAAUUCAUUCAAUUUUUUUGAAUUUUUAUACAUAUCAUUACAUGUAAUUGUGACAUUUAGAAAGUGAACUGUACAAUAAAUUAACUGUAAUAGUUGUUGGCGAGUUGUAAAAAAUGUGUAAGAUUAAUAAAUCGUGGAUA